GUCCACGUCCUCGUGUGUACCAGUCUUAACCAGCCAGCUCCAGUGUCUCCUGUCGCCUUCGCCCGACCUGCAAGCUGGUCCAUGCCCUUUACAGAUCAGUUGCGAGCGUGAACAUCAUGGGAAAUUGAAACCCGACCGCUUGAACCAACCCGACGUACCCUUUGUAAUCCGAGAACCGCCCCGCACACCUCUCCUACUACAGAUUACGACGAAUUCACCUGGAAGAAAUGCCAUCUGCGAACAAAGGCAAGGGGAAAGGGCGUGAUGUCCGCCCGUCGCGAAGUCGCAACACCACCCCCAACUCCAGCUUCAGUGCCGGCCCUACCGCUCCGGUUUCCAGCUAUCUCGAUAAUGACGCCUCGAAGCUGCUUAUCCCCCAGACCAUCCAAUAUUCCGAGAUCCUAGAUCGCAUGGGUGGAGUGGGCCCUAUCCCCGAUUCCAGAUCUCUCGAAUCUUUGAAAGAACAUCUGGAGACACUCGGUCAACUAGCGGAAGCCCGUGGUGAUGCCUGCAAUGCGGGGAUCCGGGAGCUGUCGCAGAAGCGAAAGGAGGUGGUGGACGAUGCCGAAUCAUUCGACGCCGAUCGCCCCAAAAUGAAGCGAGAGGCUGAUGAGGAAGAAGAAGAACCAAAGGUGUCGAAAGGAGGGAAGCUGAAGAAACGGAAGGAGCGCGGGAGCAGUUCGAAGGAGGAUCGUCCGCUCAACCACGGCGCUCACGAGGUGUCGCGGCAGGACGGUGUGGAGCCGAAAGUGGAAGGUGCUGCAUCUCCGUCAUCGAAGAAGUCGAAGAACGCCUCCGAGGGCUCGCCCCUAUCUCCUCCCUCCCAGAGAUCCCCUCGACAGAAUACUGCUACCGCCGAACAACCCGAAACAGCCGACUCGCCCAUGUCGGACGACAGCUCCGAUUCGCAUCAACCAGAGCCUGCGCCCGCAGUAACCCAAGUCCAGGUGUUCGGGCCCAACCCGUUGAAAUUCGAUGACCCGACGAUUUACAACAUUCGCGAUGUUACGCCGGACAUGACGGAUGAGGACAAGAAAGAAAUCUACUGCGUCAAUCGUUUCCCUCGGAGUGAUCUGGGGCAUAUGAUGGCAGGCAUUCCGCCUGAUAAGGAUUUCAGCAAUGCCAAGCCUACGAAUCAAGUCAGCGCCAACACGUUCCUCGCUUAUAUUGACGCCUAUGUGCGCCCGUUGACGGAGGAGGAUAUUGCCUUCUUGAAAGAGAAGGGCGACCGUGCGACGCCUUUCGUCAUGCCCCGACGCGGGAAGAAGCAUUACAGUGACAUCUGGGCCGAAGAAGACGGGAUGAUGAGCCUCGAUCAAACCAACGGAGAUCGCGAGCGUCUUCCUCUAAAUCAAGGCCGGGGCAACAUCGACCAAGUGACGGAUGAAACCGUGGAGACGGACAAAGUUUCUGUCGGACCUUUGGUUAGCCGACUUUACUCAUUGCUCCGCUACGAACAUCGCGCUCCUGAUGAAACCCCCGCUACUAGUGGACAGGCCAACGGCGAGAUGCCCACGACCAACGGCAGCUUCAAUGAUUCCAUGGACCUCGAUCACCCCCCUGCCGGAGGGGAGUCUGAAACUAAACCCCAGCCUUCCGCGACCUCGUUCCCGGACGCUUCGCCGAGCGGCUUCAAAGUGCCCGCCGCCAAAUUGGACCACGCCCAAUUAGACGAACGCCUCAAGGCUGAACUUCGCCAUGUUGGUUUUCUAGGUGCAGAAGACAACCCCGACUACGAUGCCCACUACGACGACGACAUCGCGCAGCGCCUGCGUCUCCUUCAGAGCGAACUGAAGAAGCAAAUGAUCAUCAACAGCGCGCGCAAAACCCGGCUGCUCGAAGUCGCCCGCGAACGCAUGGCCUACCAGGAGUACAUGACCAUCCACGAUGACCUCGACUCCCAGGUCCAGCAGGCCUACUUGAAACGCACCCGAACCCUCGGCAAAAGCAAAAAGGGCUCCCAAGCCAAGCACCGCCCCGGCGGCGCCGGCGGCGGCAGCCAUGUCGCCAGUGCGGCGGGUGUCGGUCGUCCUGCUAUCGGAGACGUUGCACGAACCCUCAUGGACCGUCGUAGGCGCUGGGUUGACUGCAUCGGACCGGUGUUUGGAGACUGCAAAACCUCCGUGCCGACCGGUACCGAGACCGUCUUCGACCCUCUGAUCAUGGCCGAGUACGAGAAAGGGGAGCUGGAAGGGUGGGAUGAGGAACAGGAGUGAUCUUUUCCCUCUCUUUCUGCAUCUCCUUCCUAUCAUGACCCCUCUGUUCAAUCUCUUUAUUUUCGUGUACAGUUGGACUUGGCGUUUCGCUUUUCAUAUCCUUAUAUAACUCUGAAUGAUGAACGAUAUGGCUUGAAAGGGAUGGAUGGGUACGAGCAUGGCUGAUUGUUAAGUCAUAGAUUUUCUUCGGUGUCAUUGUGGAGUUGGAUGGUUUGAUUUUCUGUGUUUCUUUUGUGUGAUGUGAUAAAGGGGGCGUUCGGAGGGUUUCCCUAACAUUUUAAUGGUUUUUUCCUCUUCUUUUCCUUGCUUCAGGCAGAGCUACCUACUGGGAGCCUUCGAUGAGUGGGUAAUAUUGAUGUCAAUGUUCACCUUGUACAGCAAGUUAUCAGAAUUCACGUUCUC